AUGGACCUCAUGGAGAGAGCCAUGGCCAAGGAGGAUGAGAUGCUGAAAGGAAAGGCCACGCUGCUGGAGUUGUGCCAGCUCAUAGACAGCGACGCCAGCGGCAGUUUGGAUGUGGACGAGUUCAAAUCUGGCUUCGAGAACAACCCGGAGUUUGCCAGCAGCCUGAUGACGAUGGGCGUUUUCUUGGAAGACGUGCAUCUUCUCUUCGACGUUCUGGACGUUGAAGGCUCGGGAACUGUGCCGUAUGUGGAACUGGUGGACACUCUGGCGCGCCUCAAAUCGCACAUCUCCUAUGUGAUCUUGUACCAGCUCACCGCGAUCCAGAAGCACAUGAGAGACAUUGCCCAGCGAGAGGCCCCACCAAAGGAACCCGUGUUCAAGCUUGCCAAGGCGGAGGAGGACCCCGUCCCAGCGAAGCUGAGAGAAGACAAGUAUCACCCGGUGCCGGAGAAGCUCGAGGGAGCCCAAGGCUUUAGGGACUUGCUGGACAGAAGGUUUGCAGAGAUGAUGGCAGAUAAUAAGCGACGCAUGGACCAGAUCAUCGAAGAGAUGGAUCAUAGCUUCAGUCAAGCGCAGAGGCUGGAAAGUGACAUUAAGGCUCCUGUGAAGAAGUGCUAUAGCUCCAUUUUGGAGGCCCUGGAUCACAGCUCCAGCGUUGUAUUGGAGAUGCUGCGAGCAGAGGUGGUGCCGGGCUUGAACGAGCUCAACGAUAAUGGCGAGACAUCGUUGCUGCUUGCGAUCAAGCGGCAAAAGUGGGAGGUGGCGUUGGCCAUUUUGCAGAGACAGGACUUCACCAGGCUGAACGCCCUGGAUAAACUGGGCUUGUCCUGCUGGCACCAUUGCCUUGUCAGAGACCGCUCUGAUGUGGCCGCCGCGAUCCGGCACCGCCCCGACUUCGACGUCCCGGUGGCGUUGAGCGGCGAGGCCAUCUCGAGAUGUGGCACCGACCACAGCCGUGACAGUCGAUCCAUUGGGUUCUGGAUGGUGCAUGGCAUCUUUGCGCUGAAACGCUCGCAAUUUUCCUGUGGGUCCCUGCUGGAGGCCCCAGUCAACGACACCAACCUUCCCAAAUGGGAUGGGCUAGUGCUGCAGUCGCAAGAGUGUCGCAAGCAGCAAGAAGGCUUGCGAAGAGUGAGUGGUCGGCUAGUGGAGGGCGGGCAAGGAGCUAAGGAGCUGGUGAGGCUGCGCAGUCGCACUGCUUCUCUGGAGUUCACAUCGAAGUUUCACCAAGCCAUGAGGGGCGCCAGCUUUAACAAGGUCUUCCAGAUGAGCAAGGAUGCUGAAGCAACCUGUGCACACCUGCUGGCAAACGCCAAAGUGGUGGAGGGUCAGUACAAGGCGCUUCGCGCGGAGCAUGAGAUGCUGAGAAUUGAGGCAGAUACGCUGAGAUUCUGCUUGGACAAGGCCGGAAUUCUUCCCUCAGCUGUGUUUGACGAGGAGCUGAAGCGUCGCGGAGCGGAGAGGCCGCAAGAGGAGCUCUGGCUCCGGAUUUGCCCCAUCGAGCGCAAGUGGCCAACCCAUCGCCGAAGGCUCAAGUGA